GGCUGCAUCUUGACGACAGAGCCGUAAUUAGCCGGGACACUGAUACUGGACGAAAUUUAAAGCGAAUGGAAGCUGUUCCCUGUCCACGCGGAGAAGCGAGGUUCUGGGGUGGCACAGAGAAGCGGCCGAGCCUGGUCUGAUAUCGUCAUUGGGCUGUCAUUACUUGCUCCUCCACCGUUUGACUCGCACUGUGUUCGCUGAUCGGCUGCAAUUUCAUGAGGGGUUCGCUGCGCAAGGAAACAGCAGAAGAGGGGUCCGUGGGGGUUCCCUCCUCCCUGAGCCGCGAGGAGCCGUGGUCAGUCUUUUUGAGCAGAGGAGCUUAUAAUUCGAGCAGAGAUUCUGCUAUGCUUCCCUCCGUUGUCCCCCGUUCUUCUCUUCAACAUUCUCCGAAACCGACCGCUGUCUUACCAAGACGACAAGAUAUCCACCCAGAACAGUUACAGAAACUGACGUAACUCCGUCUGAUAAUCCCGAACCAUGGCUCCGACCGCAGUGUCUCCCACCCAGCAGCACGCCCAGCUUGCCUUUUCUGCGGGCAAGAAGGCCGCCGUCGAUGAGCGUGCUGGCGAGGGCCUGACCAAGCCGCUGGCCGACAUGAUGGGCAACUGGGAGAACUUCUCGUUCGCUCCGAUCCGAGAGAGCACCGUCUCUCGCGCCAUGACGCGCCGUUACUUCGCCGACCUGGACCAACACGCCGAAUCCGACAUCGUCAUCAUCGGCGCCGGUUCGUGCGGCCUGUCGGCGGCGUACACGCUGGGCCGGCUGCGGCCGGACCUGCGGAUCACGCUGAUCGAGGCGGGCGUGGCCCCCGGCGGCGGCGCGUGGCUGGGCGGGCAGCUCUUCAGCGCCAUGGUGCUGCGCAAGCCGGCCGACGCGUUCCUGCGCGAGGUCGGCGUGCCGUACGAGGACGAGGGCGACUUCGUCGUCGUCAAGCACGCCGCCCUCUUCACCAGCACCGUGUUGAGCAAGGUGCUGGCCAUGGACAACGUGAAGCUGUUCAACGCCACGGCCGUCGAGGACCUGAUCACGCGGCCGCACCACGACGAUGACGACGCCGAGGGCGAGGGCGGCGCCGGCGUCCGCAUCGCCGGCGUGGUGACCAACUGGACGCUCGUGUCGAUGCACCACGACGACCAGAGCUGCAUGGACCCCAACACGAUCAACGCGCCCGUGGUGAUCUCGACGACGGGCCACGACGGGCCCUUCGGCGCCUUCUCGGUCAAGCGGCUCGUCAGCAUGAAGCAGCUGCGCCAGCUCGAGGGCAUGCGCGGGCUGGACAUGCUGCGCGCCGAGGACGCCAUCGUCAGGAACACGCGCGAGAUCGUCCCCGGCCUGAUCGUCGGCGGCAUGGAGCUGUCCGAGAUCGACGGCGCGAACCGCAUGGGUCCCACGUUUGGCGCCAUGGCGCUCAGCGGCGUCAAGGCGGCCGAGGAGGCCCUCCGCGUGUUCGACCUCCGCAAGAAGCAGAACGAGCUGUGAGGGAGCCGAGCCGAGCCGAGCCGGGCAGAGUUGGAAGGAAGUGUUGCACAUGACGGGUCUCUUCACUCGACGGUCUCUUUAAGGGGGAAUUUUCUGCCAACAAGGACGCUCCUUGAAUCUAGUCUAGUUUGACACGCGCAGUAACUGGCAAUCU